AUUCCCAGCAUUUUAUUUAUAUCCAACAUUCCAUUGAUUUUUCUCCCAACUUGUCUUUUGUCUCGCUGCCUCGGAUUUUCAUUCUCCAUUUUUCUUUUCUCUUUUUGUACUCAAGAACACCAUUAACCACAAUUUUGAAUUUCUUUAAAAUCUGAGCUUUUGGUCGUGAAAAACUGUUAGCAAUGCAAUGGAAGGUCCUCAAGGCACAGAAUCAAUGAUCCUUGGGUCUCCACAAUCCUCUUCAACUAGUCUUCCAUCAAGUCUGUCAAGUCAAUUCCUUCCUGCCUAUCUUAUUGGAGAGCAGAGCCCCGCAGUUUCGCCUGCCAGUGGACGUCAGAGAACACUGUUGAGAAGUCCAUCAAGGUCAAUGACCCCAUCAACCCUUGGACCGAGGGAUAGUAGUCUCCUCAGAGUAGACUCUACUGAGAAUCGUGUUGGACAGACGCCAAGGACUACUUCACACACACCCAAAGAUAAAGGCAAUGCCCCACCUGUAGCGGGUCUAUAUGAUCCUAUUGAAGCCAAUAGAGGGAGCCCUGCUGUUUUUGAUACACCAGAAAGGAGACAGUUGGAUUUUACCCAGGCACCUUCAAGAGCAUCAAGAGCAUUAGAUUCCCCUGCUGCUAGUCGUCUGUUCUCCCCCUCUCAACAGUCAAUGGUACAGUCCAGCCAAUGGUCUAUGCAGGCACCUCCAUCACCACCACAGGUUGAUCCAUUCUAUACACAGGGGGAGUCUAUCUUACCGGAGGAUGAAUUAGAUGAUACUUGGAUCACAAUAUUUGGUUUUCAGUCAGCUGCAACAUCUUACAUCCUUCAACAGUUUUCACAGUACGGCAAUAUAGUCUCACAUGUGGUGGCUAGUUCUGGUAAUUGGAUGCAUGUUCAGUACAGCUCUCGUAUUCAAGUGAGGAAAGCAUUGAGUAAAAACGGCAAGGUGUUCGGUGGUAACAUCAUGGUAGGAGUGGCGCCCUGUAUAGACAAGGGGGUAAUGAGUGGGGGUACAUCAGACUCCUAUGGGGUGAAUACUACCGGUAUAGGGGAUGCACCUAUUACCCCUGCUAAGAGAUUAGCUUCACAUAGUGAGGAGCAAGAGACUACAAGAAGAACCCCGAUCAGACCACUGACCGCUGCAUACAAGGCAGCUAGUAACCCUCAUGAGGUUAUUCAAGAGAGUAGAACUCCACAGAAGUCCAGCAAUGUUGUCAGUAAGACAUUGGAAUACAUGUUUGGUUGGUGACAAAGUAUUCAAAAACUGUUUAUUUGGUGACACAACAUUUGCUCCUGCAACAUUUGCUUCGGUCUUAAUAUCUCAGAGGGCACAGGGUUAGAGUUAGGAUUGUCUUAGAGUUUUUUUUGUUCAGAAUAAUGUAAAGUUUAUAGGGAUUAUGGCUUAUUCAAUUCCUGAGGUUAGUUUUUUAUGUUUGACUUAACAUGCAGAUUUUCCAUCGGAGCGAUUGUCGCCAGAGCAAAUGUCAUGGAACCGUUUAUUUAAGUAGGAAUCCCACUAUGAAUAAUGAUAAUACUAAUAUGCAACAGUUAUAUAGCACUUAAUACAAAUGUAUCUACUACAGUGCUGUGUGUAAAGGUGUUCAGCAUUUUUCAUAGGGGCUUUCCCCCACAUUCCCAUUGUUUUGUUUUUGAUAAAAUUGAGCAAUGAAGAUGCUUUCUGCUGGCAAGUUUCAACUGUGACUUUUGCCUUUUUGGGGAAAAGGUGUCUAAAAAUUGAUAACUGAGAUUGAUUUCAAACUUCUACCUGUAGUUGACAAAUUAUGCCAUCAGAAGCUUUUGUAAUGCAGCCAGUCUUUGGUAUUUGGCCGGGCUCCUUUCGAGUAUUACGCUCCAUAAACAAAGUAGAAAUUAUUUUAUUUUUGUUUAUACAGUACAAAACCAAACAAACUGUUCAUAACAUUUGUAUUAGUGUCUGGUAAGCAAAACGAUUAGCAGAACAGUUCUCUGAGUAUGUGGAAGGCUGUAACCUGAAGUAUAUCUCGAUGUGGAGAUGACUGUACACAUUAUGAAGAGAUCUGCUCCAUUCUAUUUAGCCACAAUAAUUUAUGCUGCCAUAGUGAAGUAUCUGACCCUUGUAAAGACAGUCCACAUGGGGUGCAUAUGCAUGUAUGACCUAUUUCAUUGUGCAUUAUUUGUUAUAUACUACUGCAGGUUGUUUUUACUAGAGUUUUUGUCCUAUGUUAAAGUCAAUGGCAGAAAUCAGACUAACCUUAGUUUUCAGUUUUUACCAGAGUUUUGUCAGGUAAAAAGUUUUAUGCAACAGGCCCAAGGUGUCACUUGUAAGGGGCACAUUAUGUCCUCUCGGGAAUGGUGCGUCAAGGUUGCGUCAUGUUCCCAGAAUCGUGACGCAUAGAUCCGUCAUGGACGCAAUAUGUCAGUCACAAGACUGAUCCAUUAUGUGCAUCAUAUUAAGUCAUUUUACCAUGUUGUGCCAUUUGGUGUGUCAAUGGGAACGUCACUCUUCUCCAAGCUUAUCUUAAGGUGUGUCAUAGGAUCGUCCUGUUUACCCAAUCAAAGCUUAAUGGCCCUGAUUAUAAGACUAGGGGCCCUUUACACAAAACUUGAUUUCAGCUAGCCUGAAGCAUAAGAGGACUUUACAUCUUUGUUUGAAGAGUUGCCUGAUGUGUGCAACCUAACCUCUUUUCCCCAGGUUUUUUAUUGUCCUAUCAUACUUUGUUAUUAGUAUACUUUAAUCCUACAUGUAUGUAACAACAUUUGGACAAGGACAACAUUUUGUAGUGUGGCCCAAUAAAUUCUCGGGAAUGUUGCAUGAAGCAAACAGUCCAUGAUUUUCACCGACUAAGUUGUUCUGAGCCAAUAAGAUGCAUAUAAUUGUUUAUUUUCAAUUGGUCUAAUGCUAAUUCGUCCAAUUGCCAACUCGUCUACUAUCAUUUGGUCUACCAUCAGUUUGUCCAUUAUCUACAUGGUCUAAUUGUCAUUUCCUCCACUCUCCAUUUCAUCUAAUAACCAGUUGGUCUAAUAGCCAUUUAGUCCAUAUACCAUUUGGCCUAAUUUGAUUGAGUAUUAAUUGGGCAAAAUAAUGAAAAUAAAACGAAUAUAAAUUAGGACCAACUGGUUGUGAGACGAAAUGGUAUUAGACGAAGUGAUGAUUGGACCAAAUGGUUGAUAGAUGAAAUGUUGAUGGACGAAAUGGCGUUAGACCAUAUGACCACUAUGAUGAGUGGAUGAGUUGUCAAUAGACGAGUGGCAAUUUACCUAUAUAAUAAUUGUCAUUGAAAAAUCACUGUUUGUUUGAUAAAUUGCUCCUAGCAUGUUUGUCUUGUGCCGCAAUUUAAUGUUCGUGUGAUAUGUUGAAGAGUAUGAUAGAAAAACAAAAGUUAUUUAUUCCAUUAUUAACAUUGCAUUUAUAUAAAGUAUGUACAUCCAAUAACAUAAGCUUUAUUAAAUACUUCUCUCCUUCUGCCCACUUCAUCAAAAUGUUGUUUUAAGCAAAUUAGUUUCUCUUCUUUUCCUGAUAAGUGUCUGAUAGAAAGGAAAUAGAGGUGGUCAUUUUUAUUGAUUGAAAAAAAAUUGUAUUUUAUAUUUGAGAUAUGUAAUAAAAGGUGAAAAUUUAAA